UCAUUUGCACUUUUGGUAAUAACACUGAGGCCUGCAAGAAGACAAAGCUCCAGUUAAAGUUUUCACCGUGUCAACGGAAGGAAGUUAGUCUGUACUGUCAAGUGCAGCUGUCCAAAAUUGGUCUGGAAUGCUGGACUCAAUCACCUGGAAGCUUAACAAGAAGAUCGACCAUAGAGAUACUGUGGUGUUGACAUUGCCUUGUGGUUAACAAUUGAAAAACCCUGUGAACAAAAUGCAGGGGGUAUCUACAAAAGGAAGAGGAAUGUCCAGUUAGAUAUAAUCUGUUUCCAUCGUAGACCUGUUCAGAAUCAGUUUCAAUCAGACACAAUGAAUGCACAAAAUAUUAAGGGCAUGUUUUCAUGAGAUUCAAAGUAAAUUUAGGAAAAAAUGAUACCUUUUCUUCCUUAAUAUAAAAUGGAAGGGGGUCAAGGGUUAUUGUGUUUUUAUCCAAUUGAUUUGGAUUGUGCAAAAAGGGCUACAACUCAGUAUCAGUGUGUCAUUUUAUGUUUUGCAAGAGCAAUUUAGUUUCUAAUGAAGAAGAUAAUGUGUGUUACAUACAUUGACUUGAACUAUUCAGUACAUGAAUUGCAGACUGAAAUACCACUGAAAACAAGUAUCCCAUAUCUUAUUUCUUUACUAAUUUAAUUUCCUGUUUGACAUCCUGUGAUAACAGACAGCGUUUUAAAAACUGAUGCCAAAGCAAGUUGACAUCCUUAAACUUAGAUCCAGCUCAUUGUUGGCAAAAUGCUUAGCUGUAGUUGACACUUUAAAUUUCUUUACACUGUGUCCCUUGCAGUUUUCCUGAGCAGCACCCGCAUGAGCUCUGCUCCCCACCCUUCUUUCCACAGCAUGAAAUUAUUAGCUUUUAAUUAUAUUGGCUUAAGGAGGGCUGUUCUUGAGUCCUUAGGGAGUGAAAACUCAGAGCAUUGUAGAUUGUACAUCGAACAAUAGCCCCCUCUGGGUCCAGUGUGGUGAGAGGAGACCGCACCCUGCAUGUCCUCUACUUUGUGAAUACGCUUUACAGUUUACACUUGAUAUGGUAAGCCUUUGUCAACAGAAAAAUACGCAGGUCUGAAAACCAUAGCAACAUUCCUGUUUGCAUGCUGCAUGUCAUGGCACUUUCCAUUGGCAAAAUACUCACCAUAUCUGUAGUUGAACUGUUGGAUUCAGUUUGCAGUGGCAGCUUUCCAACAAAUGUGGUUGCCACAUAACAAGAAGGAGCACUUGAUAUUGGUUUAAGGAAUGCUGAUAUCAAGGUCAGGGUUCUGCACUUUGUGUGUUAAGUUCAGUGAUCCAGAGCUUCGCCUUUUUGGCUCCCAGUGUUUUUCUUUUUUCUUGUUUUGUUUUUUUCUCCCCCACUUGGGUUCAUUUUGAGGAGAGCAGUUUGGAUAUUGUGUCUCACCUUCUGGCAUAACUCCUGCAAACAAACAGCCAGUAGAUUGUCGCCUUACUGUGGGAUGAGGGGCACCCUCCCAGUUCACUGUAGCGCCUCCUCUCUGGUAUCAGGCCACGUCUGAUGAGUCGUCAGCCAGGGCAAAGCAUCCUGGGAGUUUUGUUGGGAGUGUUUGUUUGAUAAUUGUUUCCCAACAAUACAAGAUGGCAAACAUGCUUCUAGGGAUUCAGGAGAUUGGCUCACAUGCCAUGGAUAUCUAUGACUACCUCUUGGCGGGACUUGAUCCACGGCUGAAGGAGUAUCCACUGAUGCAGAGUCCUAUUCCCAUGUCCGCUAUAUUGCUGUGCUACCUGUUCUUUGUACUGUACCUUGGACCUUGCAUAAUGGCCAAUCGCAAGCCCUUCCAGCUAAAGGAAGCCAUGAUAGUCUACAACUUCAUGCUUGUGGCACUGUCAAUAUUUAUUGUCUACGAAUUCUUGAUGUCAGGGUGGGCUACAUCGUAUACCUGGCGAUGUGACCCAGUUGAUACGUCUGACAGUCCUGAAGCACUACGAAUGGUCCGAGUUGCCUGGCUAUUCUGGUUCUCCAAGAUUAUUGAGCUCAUCGACACAAUUUUCUUCGUGUUAAGGAAAAAGCACGGCCAGAUCACCUUCCUACACAUCUUCCACCACUCCUUCAUGCCCUGGACAUGGUGGUGGGGAAUUGUCCAUGCUCCUGGUGGAAUGGGAUCUUUCCAUGCCAUGGUGAAUUCUUCUGUCCACGUCAUCAUGUAUUUCUACUACGGCCUUGCUGCUGCUGGGCCACGCUUCCAGAAGUUUUUGUGGUGGAAGAAGUACAUGACUGCCAUUCAGCUGAUCCAGUUUGUCCUGGUAUCUCUCCACGCUACCCAGUAUUACUUCAUGGAGAGCUGCAACUACCAGUUCCCCAUGAUCCUCCACCUCAUCUGGAUGUAUGGAACCUUCUUCUUCGUGCUCUUCUCCAACUUCUGGGUCCAGGCUUACGUGAAGGGUAAGCGGUUGCCGAAACAGGACAUUAAGCCGUGUCAGAACGGCACAGCUGUCUACACCAAUGGCAAACACCACGAGAACGGCAACAGCAUGAAGCACGGAGCCACCAACGGCACCAGCAACGGCUCUGCUCGCCACGAGAACGGCACCUCUCACAUGGGCAAGAUGAAGAAGGCCUAGGAUCUCUGGAAGGAAACACCCAAGAAGUAUGACCAAGAACUACAACGGAUUCCAAAGAUAAUUUUGGCUGUGUUUCUUUUCCUGUUUUUAGUUUUAUAUACAAAACAUGGAGAAAUGACGUGGUCAAUGAUUUCCACAGUUGGGGUUCCACAUUUCUUUGGUUUGUUCGUUGGUUUCUUUGAGUUGGAGAACCAUUUAUGGAACACAAUGUAUGAAGAGAAGAUGUUUUGACCUAAAUGUUAUCUUCACUGAUGUUCAAACAACCUCCUAGUUCAGUAUCACACCACCCCACUUGCCUUUACUUCUUAUCUUCCCCCCAUGCCCUGACCCCCUGUGGACAGAUGACUGUACAGUUUCUAUCAAACUUGAAAAUACUUUUUGUAAAUAGUUUUACAACACCAAAAAAAAAAAAAAAAACUAAUUGUAUUGGUAUGCUUUAGACUUUCAAAUUUUUGUUACAUUAUGUAUUUAAAAUUAAAAUGCCAAUAAAUUCAAUUUUAAAUUA